AUGGCACCUUGGGGGUCCUAUAGACGCAUUCCUUUUGACAGGAAUAGGGAUUCCCAGAGGUUCUACAACCAUGGGCGAAAGAUUAAAGAUCUCGCGCAGCCUAACGAGCCAUGGUUUCAGGAGGUACUGGCAGCUUCAGGCAUGAGGGACUGUAUGCUCUGCUACCAUACUAUACAUAAUGGUAUGCUUGUGGCCUUUGCGGAGAGAUGGCAUCCUGAGACAUCCUUAUUUCAUUUACCCCACAGUGAGAUUACCAUCACCCUAGAUGAUGUGGCAUGCCUACUUCAUCUACCUAUCAGGGGUACCCUAUUUCGUCAUGGUAGGAUGACGGAGGCGAAAGCUCAAGAGAUGUUGAUUGUUGAGCUAGGGGCUGAUCCCGAUGACGCCCUUGAGGAGGUGGAGAGGGCACGAGGGGCCCACGUCCGGUUUAGCUUCCUGCAGAGACAGUAUGACGCGGAGCUCACUGCGGCACACCAGGCUGAGGGAGACGAGUUGGAGCAGGCUACACUCAGAGAGUGGGUGCUGAGAUGCUACUUCUUAUAUUUGAUAGACACUCAGCUAUUUGUGGACACGAGCUUGACGUACACAAACGCCGUCUACCUGACGUACUUAUCAGAUACAACAUGUAUCCAUGAGUACAAUUGGGGAGCGGUUGUAUUGGCGUACGGUUACCACAAACUUGAAGAUGGGUGUCUGUGGAAGACAAGGACAGUUGCGGGCAACUGUACUCUAUUGGUGGGUUGGAUACUACAACACUUCCCGGACAUUAUUGGCUGGGGAGAGGUAGAGGAGUACACAGAGGUCAUGUUGUGUGCCAGUUCUUUCACCCCCCUUAGAGGGAACCAGGUGCCAGAUCCCUACAGGCGCGGUCUUAACCGCAUGGCCGCGGAGGACAUCAGAUAUUGCUGCUAUGAUGAACACUUGGAGACGGUUUUGUUUGAUGAGAUAGCUCUAUAUUCUGAAUGGUUGGCCGCCAACUCGACCAUUAUAGUACGCUAUCUUCCAGAGCGCGUCAUGCGUCAGUUUGGAUAUGAGCAGACAAUACCCCGCGAUCCUAUUGUUUCAAUUCCUAUCGCCAUGACCCGCAUGCAGUUACAGGAGGUCUUUGCAGACUGGAAGCAUCACCUGGUCCCUGAGGAGGCACGGGCGACGAGAGCAGAGCACGACUGGAGCUGUGCCGAAGGGUACAUCACUUGGUACUACAGUCUCACAUACAUGCUUCCAGCUGCAGAGGGAGGUCCGUCCAAACCAGCCCACGAGGAGAUUCUCCGUGCGCAUCAGGCUCAGUUGGACCACACUCAGAAUCUUCUACCUCUGUGUCGUCAGAUAGUUGACAGGGGCAUCAGAGCCAUUGCAGAGGGUUUAUUCCUUGAGGGGACUGCUUCUAGGCGUGUGCUGGAUGAUAUGAUCAGGCUGAUAGAGAGUGCAUUUCUGUACCGUCGACAUCGUAGUGGAUGGUACGCAGGAUGA